AUGGCUAGAAUUCCGUUUUCUUACUUUUUGUUCGGUUGCGUCGUUCUUCUGGUUGUUUUAUCUGCCUCCCAGCUUUCAAUAGCGGAUUAUGUAUACUGCCCAAAACAGGACGAUGCUUUUUGUCCCGGUAAAGAGUGCGAAUCCAUAAAUUUUUCUCCCGAUCUCCCCACUUGGGACUGCUCUUGGUGUUCCUACAGAUGCCAUUCGGCAUACCUUGAUGCCUUUAGAGGAUCCUUUUGUUACAUGUCUGCGAAUGGAGUAUUUGCAGCCUUAGAACCGCACUGCCUUUGCUGCUUUCAUUCUAUGGCAGAUGAAGCAACAAUGUCACCGAUGGGGACACCGAUUCCGGCACCAGUACAACUUCCUCCACCGACUCCUCCUUAUGUUGAACCUGUGGCGCCUCCACAGCCUCCCCCGGUCUUUACAGUCAAUCAAGAUCAUGCUGUUUAUUGUUACGGCGGAUAUCCAGUUACUACCCCUGUUGGUGACUGCUCAGAGUGUAACGAGAGAUGUAGAUUAGGAUCAUCCCAGCAGUAUGGACUUCCAGGAGCCUUCUUCCAGUAUGGACUUGCAGGAGUCUUUUGUUACAACACCCGUCAAGGAAAACCUUUUUGUAACUGCUGCGUCUAUGGUGAUAUGUCGUUCGUACUACCCGAUCCGGUAUUAACAGCCCCACCAAUAUCGCCGCCACCAAUUGUGCCACCAACUGCGCCACCAGUAGUGACGCCUACACCACCGACAGAUGCUCCACAAACCCCUGCAUGUGCUGAACCUGUGACUCCACCAUUACCUCCGGUUAUGUCUCCUGAUGUUGAACCUGCUGCAGCUCCACAUACUCCAAGAAAAUUUAAGAAGAAAAAGGAUCCUAAAGUUGAACCUGCUGCAGCUCCACAUACUCCUAGAAAAUUUUAA